UGGUUGCCAUUUCGCGUUAUAAGGAGACCAAGGACCCCGCCUUCCUACUGCGUUGCGGUAGAGCGCACGAGGGUUUCGGAGCACAGGGGAGGAGAAGAGCAAUGGCGGAGGUCGAGAAAUCCAAGAAUCUGGACGAGGUACUCAAGCCCUUCUACCAGAGGGCUUCGGAGGCCGAGGAUCGGUUAGCAAAAUUGGAGGCUUUGCUUGCUAAGAAAGGUGAUUCGGACAAUGAAAACAAGGAAAUAUCAUCUAUAGUAAAAGACUUCCAAUCAAAGCUAGAAACUGCACAAGCGGAGCUCAAGUCUGAGCAAGAAAAGGCUUCAAAGGAGAUCCAGAAACUUGCAACAGAGAACAUAAAGCUUCAAUAUCGUAUCACUCAUCUUGUUCGGGCAUUGAAGGAGGCAGAUUCUAAGUUGGCAAAUUAAUAAAGGUCUUAUUUUUGUGGAAUUAAAAGAGUGAGGUGUUCGAGGAGUGGACCUGCUGUUGUUUGAAUUGGAUUCCACCUUUUCUGUAUUACAAAUCGAUAGCUCUUAUGCUUCAUCUUGUUUGAUAGAGCUUUCUGUAGGAUCUUAUGUUUUGCUUGGUGUAAUAUUUCAUCCUGAAUUAUGAUAUUGAUAUUUAUUGAAGGAUGGAUUUUACAAGUUGUCUACUUUCAAAUGUUGUCCCUUUAUGUUUUAAUUAACUCUGAAAAUAUGUCACAACCCUUUAUGUUUUAAUUUUAUCUAUAAAGUUCAUAAAUCCAAUGAUUUAUCAAUAUA